GGGCGAGAGCAGAGACAGACAGAGAGGGAGAAAGGAAGGAGAGGAACACUUUAAGCUACAUUUUCCUUCACUACGUUUAACUACACUGCCGGGCAUUAAUCUCCUGCUGGGGCUCGUACACUUUUGGUUCUGGUGUUUAAGGAGGUUUUCAGCACAGGGGUGCGCUUGUGUCUAUCACCUGGACCAGUAGAGCAGCAGGGAUGAACUGGUCGGGCCUGGAGAGUCUGCUGAGUGGAGUCAAUAAGUACUCCACUGCAUUUGGGAGGAUCUGGCUGUCCAUGGUGUUUGUGUUCCGUGUGUUGGUGUUUGUGGUCGCAGCGCAGAGGGUUUGGGGGGAUGAGAACAAGGACUUUGUGUGUAACACCCGGCAGCCUGGCUGCACCAAUGUCUGCUACGAUCACAUCUUCCCCAUCUCCCACAUCCGUCUGUGGGCUCUGCAGCUGAUCUUUAUCACCUGCCCAUCAUUAAUGGUGAUGGCUCAUGUGAAAUUCCGCGAGGGCAAGGACAAGAAAUAUGAAUCGCUGCAUCACGGCUCUCACCUGUACGCCAACCCCGGCAAGAAGAGAGGGGGGCUGUGGUGGACAUAUCUGCUGAGUUUGGUCUUCAAAUCUGGAUUCGACGCAUCAUUCCUUUACAUCUUGUACAGGAUUUAUCAUGGAUAUGACCUGCCCAGGUUAUCCAAAUGUUCCCUGGAACCAUGUCCUAACACAGUAGAUUGCUUCAUCAGUCGUCCAACAGAGAAAAAGAUCUUCAUGUUGUUCAUGGUUGUAUCCAGCAUACUGUGCAUCUUCAUGUGCAUCUGUGAGAUGGUUUAUCUCAUUGGGAAGCGCAUCAGCAAAUUGUUGAGGAUCCGACACGAGAACCAGAGACUCAUAUUUGCUGAUCAACAUGAGCUCACCGACUUAGCGCCGCCGAGGUCGAUGUAUCGGAAUCGGAAGACAGAUCCGACACUGACUGACAGCCAGCUGAGUUUGAAUAAGCGGGAGAAGGUUAGAGAAGGUACUACAACUACGACACUGUAGGACCCAACCGCCACUAUGCCAUGGGUGUUUUACUAAUGGAUGACCUCACAACAGGAACAUGGUUUACCUGAAGCUAUUAUUCCCAAGGACUAAUGGGGCCCAGUCCUGACCUCUGUGAUUCUGUCAUCCAGCUGAACACGAACCAUAAUUCUCCUUGAGGAGGAUGGCCAAGACUGGCUAAUUGCAUAUUGUAGUUCCUAAUUGAAGAAGAGGACUGUUGGUAGCAAUAUGCUACUGGGACAACGCUUUGUGCCACAGAUCUGAUCAUCUUAUGGCCGACAACAUGAGGAGACAUAUCCAGGAGAAUUACACAACGGAUGGAUUCUCAUGUUGCGUUUUCAGGAAAUUGUAAAUUGAUUAUUAAUUCAUGAGGAAAAAAAUGAUAUUGUAAAUUAUAGCACUUGGUAUCUUCAACAUGGAUGACACCUUUGCCAACAGCCUGACUGAGAAAAGGAAUGUUUAUAUUUCUUCUUCAACAGGGACCAAAAUACCACCAAGAAUGUAUGAGCUGAUGCCUCGAGUUGAGCGUUGAGUUACACAAUCUUUCAUGUUUAUAUCUGUCCUCCAGGAAAGUUGAUAAAUAUUUUUGUAUUUCUAAGGGCUUUGUGGCGAACCAGCUGUAUUUGACAAUAAGCUAAUUCCUUAUUGUGUUUGUUAAGGGCUCUUGAUUAUCAGAUUAAAAAUAUAUAUUGCAGUAAAUUA